GCGGGUAUAACCGGGAUCAAAAGCCUGCGUCCCUGAUUUUCCAAAUAUUUUGUUGCGCAUAAACAGCGCAUCGACUUCAGGGAUCAAAAAUAAGAAUAAAAACACACAAGGAAAGAUAAACGCGUGUGUGAGCUGAGAGCCUGAGUGCAGCAGCAGCAUCAGGACCAGAGAGCAUCAUCAUCAUCAGCAUCAUCAUCAUCAGCAGCAGCAGCAGCAUCUUCUCCUGUUAGUCAUCCUUCUGCUUCCUGCUUCACCCGAUUAGCAGAGAAUGAGUGAAGAGGAGAACCCUGCUGCUGAACCCAUGCAGGUCCUGGACGUCCAGGGUGAUGGACGCUGGAUGUCCCAGCAUAACCGCUUUGUGCAGGAGUGUAAGGAUGCGGAACCUGACGUGCUGUUUAUCGGGGACUCCAUGGUUCAGCUGAUGCAGCAAUAUGAGGUAUGGCGAGAGCUCUUUUCCCCACUCCACGCGCUCAACUUCGGGAUUGGCGGAGACACGACGAGCAACGUUCUGUGGAGGAUGCAGAAUGGAGAACUGGAGAACAUCAGGCCACGGGUGGUGGUGCUGUGGGUCGGAACCAAUAACCAUGAGCACACAGCGGAGCAAGUUGCAGGGGGAAUAGUGACCAUAGUACAGUUCCUCAUCUCGCGCCUCCCAAAGGCCAAGAUCGUCGUCCUGGGCCUGUUACCCAGGGGCGAGUUCCCGAACCCUCUGCGGGAGAAAAACGCAGCAGUGAACGCUUUCCUGCGAUGCGCCCUCCCUCGUUUCGGAUUCGUGCAGUUCCUGGAUGUUGGCGGCAGCUUCGUGCACUCCGACGGCACAAUUUCCUGCCGAGACAUGUUCGACUUCCUGCACCUGACGUCCGGCGGGUACGGUGCCAUCGUCGGGCCCCUGCACGAGCUCCUGCUCCAGCUGUUGGAGGAAACACCGCAGGAGAGGCGGGCCUCGCUGGUGUGAGGGGAGGCGGGGUUCAGGGAUCCGUCUCGUUCUUUAAGUAGAACAUGUACAUCAUUACAUAAUAUAUGGCGAGAGAAAGAGUGGAAGAAAGAGAAAGAGAGAUGAAUGUUGGCAAAAUGUGAAAAAAGUAAGAAUUGUGUAUGUUUUCUUGUUUUUUUUUAUUUAUUUAAGUAUUUCGUGAGUCUAUGGCAAAGUCUGAACAAAUAUACAAAUAUAUAUAUAUAUAUAAACAAUACUGAGCACUGUGUGUGUGUGUGUGUAUGUGUGUGUGUGUGUGUGUGUAAGUCGACUCAGCAAAAUGGACACUGAACAAUGACAUGCUGUGCUGCCUUAUUGCUUUAGCGUAACACUGAUACUGCCAGCUUUUCUGUCUCUCUCUCUCACACACACACACACACACACACACACACACACAAACACACGUUUCCACAAAGAUCUAUUCAGUAUAUAAUAAAAAUGGAUAUAUGCUCUAUUUCAAAUCUCUCACACACACAAUAUCUCAUUUACACAGGGUUAAUCAGCUAGAGGCUAAUGUAGCUAACAACUAAUGUGUAUCCACCAACAUGCUCUUUAUACAUUUGCUUUACACAAUAGCCUGGAGUGCUGGGAUUGACUUUUUAAACAAGUUAUUUGAUACAAUGUAAAUGGCGGGAAGUGCCACAACACAAGGGAUAUUUGGUUUCGGUUGUCGUUAGCUUCAUUAGCCGUAUAUAUUUAAAGAAAUUCCUUCAUCCGUUUCCAGUCAGGAGAAAAUACGACUACGCUAAAGUGGGGGAAGGGGGGGGGGGGGUGAUAUUGUGAAAGUUAUAUACAUAGAAUCCAUUUAUCUUUAAAUAUUUGUACGUGUGUAUGUGUGUGUUAACUACCAUCCCUGUAUGUAUAUACCCUCAAUAAACACAUGAAUAGCUGUGUGUGUACACAACAAUGUGCUAAUGUUUCCUGUCAGCCACUGAGUGUUAGCUUAGCCGCACUGCCAGUCUGCCACACGCCGAAGACUGUGUGAAACUUUACAAUAAAGAAGAUGGAGUGUCA